AUGAAGAAGCUAAAUGUGUAUUCCAAAGACACACAAGACAUUGUUAAUGCAGUAACUUCUUCGAUUGACUGUGAUGGGUUGUUAACAGUUGAAACUGAUGCAUCAAAUCAUGCAAUAGGAGCAGCUUUGACUAUUGAUGAUAGACCAGUAGCGUUUUUCUCUAGAACACUAACAAACUCGGAACAGAAACAUUCAUCAAUUGAGAAAGAAGCAUAUGCAAUAGUUGAGGCUUUAAGAAAAUGGAGGCACUAUCUCAUAGGCAAACACUUUCGCCUUAUAACAGACCAACGAUCUGUAGCAUUCAUGUUCAGUGAUCGGAAUGCGAGCAAAAUCAAGAAUGAUAAAAUAAUGAGAUGGAGAAUUGAGUUAUCUUUUUACAAGUAUGAGAUUAUUUACAGAGCUGGAAAAGAGAACAAAACAGCAGAUGCUUUGUCCAGGGUGUGUUCAUCGAUGGAAGGAAGUUUAUCAAACCUAGUAUCACUACAUGACGCUUUAUGUCAUCCAGGAGUGUCUCGAAUGUAUCAUUGGGCUCGAAGUAAAAACUUGCCUUAUUCACUGGAUGAAAUCAGGAAAGUAACUUCCUCCUGUCGAACCUGUUUAGAGGUGAAACCUCGAUUCCACAAACAUGAAGGACAACUUAUCAAAGCUACUCAACCAUUCGAAAGACUGAAUAUAGAUUUAAAAGGGCCACUUCCAUCCAAAAGUAGAAAUCGUUAUCUUUUAAUAGUCGUAGAUGAAUACUCUCGAUUUCCAUUCGCAUUCCCUACUCAAUACACAACUGCUAGGACUGUUAUUCCGAGACUUAAGGAACUUUUCUCAAUAUUUGGAAUACCGGCUUAUAUUCAUUCUGACAGAGGUUCAUGUUUUAUGUCUCAAGAGCUAAAAUCAUUUUUAUGUUUACUAGGAGUUGCUACUAGUCGUACAACAGCUUACAAUCCUCAGGGUAACGGACAAGCUGAGAGGUAUGUUGGUAUUAUAUGGAAGACAAUCGAACUAUCACUUAAAAGUAAAAAUCUGGACAUAUCUGAUUGGGAAAAAGUACAUUUAGAAGCUUUGCACUCUAUCCGGUCGUUAUUGUGUACUUCAACAAAUACAACACCACAUGAAAGACUAUUUCUCUUUUCUAGAAGAUCUAGUAAUGGUAAGACAACUCCCUCGUGGCUCAUGAACCCAGGUCCAGUGCUCAUAAAACGGUCUGUCAGGAGCUCAAAAUACGAACCACUCGUUGAAGAAGUACUGCUCCUUGAGGGCAAUCCUGAGUAUUCUCACAUAAGAUAUGCAGAUGGCCGUGAAACUACAGUGAGUUCCAGGCAUUUAGCACCUGUAGGAGAAGUGUCAUGUCAUGAAGAAGACUCAAACUCCAAUCUACGAGAUGAAGAAGACUCAAACUCAAAUCUACGACAUGAAGAAGGCUCAAACUCAAAUCUACAAAUAAAUUAA